AUGCUUCAUUUCCAACUUUUUGUUCUUAUCAGUGCUGCUGCGAGUCAGUCGACCCUGCUGGUCAAACUGGAGGCCCUACAGUGCCAUUUCACCUGGGAUGUGAACCUCAGUGGGCCCAAACUCUUCAGUCUCAGGGACAAGCUGCAGGACAUUGGCACAGAGGAGGGCUACAGCUGGCUGGGCCAUAUUUACAACCUGCAGGGGUACGUCCACUUCCAGCUGGGGUUCGCCAGUGAUGCCCAGCGGUUCUUCAGCAGAGCUGCAGAGGCUUUCCGCCAGAUGAGAAACACGGUCUCAGAUGAGGGUGCCUGGCUGGUGGUGAACCAUGGGAACUUGGCUUGGCUGCACUACCACAAAGGAGAAGAAGCAGAGAGCCUAGCUUUCCUUUCAAAAGUUAAUGCCCUGAUGAGAAAUUACCCAUCUCCAUCCCCGGAGGAGCUGCACCCAGAGAUCUACGCUGAGAAAGCCUGGACUCUGAUGAACGUUAGUGCUGAUGAGAUGUUGAAGGCUGCAGAUUUCUUCCAGAGAGCUCUCAGGAUGCAGCCAGGCAUGGUGGAGUGGCACACCAGCCACGUAUUAGCGUUAGUUAAUGCCUUUAAAAACAGCAGUAAAGAACUGGGGGCUGACAUUCUGGAGAAAAUGAAAAUAGCAAAGGAGCAUGAUCCACACAACUUAUACCUCUCUGCUCUGUACCUUGAAGCACAUGCUAAAAAAGGAAAGAAGAUAGAAGAUGAGGCUCGUGAGCUCGCCAGGAGAGUUUUAAGAAAGCCAGUCAGCAGCUACAGUGGAAUCAAACCAUUACUGAGACUCUACAGGAUGUUCGUCUCCAUGGAUGAGGCCAUAGACUUGGCAGAGGAGUUACUGGAAAGACAUCCAGAUGAGCGUUACCUGAAGAGGUGUGCAGCAAUCUGCUACAAGAUGAGGAUCUUUUCAGACAGGGACAACUCGUUAGAGCGCAGCAUGGUUGACAGAGCAGUCGCUCUCAGCAGGGAGGUGAUUUCUCUUUAUCCGUACUCUUCUCUAAAAAGGAAAAUACAUCUAGCAAACAUGUACGGAGAGUUGAACAAACAAGACGAAGCAGACCAGAUAUUCCAGGAGCUGCUGGAGAGUGAUCUUGAUCCAGAAGGGGAACAGAUGCUCUACAACUACUAUGCAAAGCACGUCCAUUUUAUUCGAAAGGAGAGCUACAAAUCGAUUGAAUAUCACAUGAGAGCAGCAGAGAUACCGUUAGCGUCUUACUAUCGGGAGAACAGCAUCAGAACUCUGCAGAGGAUUAGAGACAGGAACAGGAACCGCAUGUGUGGAGACAUAAGUGAGUUUUUGGGUAACCUGCAAGACUACAACUGA